UGUCUCUCCAUUCUGUCUUUCUUUAAAACAAAGUUUAGAAAUAAAAAAAAAAAGACACACACACAAAGAUGAUGAGCCAUUUUUGCGGCUGCAACAAGUUUAUGAUGAUCAUCAUGUUCUUGAUGUUCAUAUUCUCUUUCUUCCUCGGAACUCCGGUGGUGGCCGGACGUGAGAUUAAUCCGUUGGUGGAACUGUCAAGCAGAGAGGACUUGGUGCAAAUGGCUGGAUAUGGAGAGGAUAGGCUCUCCACUGUCCUGGUUAGCGGUACGCUUCUUUGUGAGGACUGUUUGGAUGAUCAAAAAACUCCACUCCAUCCACGUCCCGUGUCAGGUGCUUCGGUUGCUGUUUCAUGCCUCGUAUGUCGUAAGACGAAAAAAUCAAUUUUGAUACGAGGCACCACAGAUGAAUAUGGAGACUUUCUCAUCGAUCUUCCUUCCCACCUCCAUGCAAUUCCAAACUUGGAAAAGAUAUGUCUGGUUAGAGUUCUUCAACUACCAAAGGACUCCCUAUGCCGUCCAGAUCCAGCCUUCACCGGUAAACACAAAGCAAUAAAAUUGUCAUCAGUGGGGAAUGGCAUCCGUACCUACACAGCUCAAAGGAUACAUUUGACACAAAAACCUUCAGAGGCAUGCACCUCCAACACAAGAGACGGUAAAGAAGAGAUGGUAUAUGCCUAGUGACAAAAAGUUACAUGGCCACAGCUCAUUUGGAUGGCGCUUCAGUCACAACAUUGAGUUGUGUGGAGUUAUCCUACUUGCCAAUUAGUCAUGUAAAAUUCAUGUGUGUGUGUGUGUGUGUGUGUGAGAGAGAGAGAGAGAGAGAGAGAGAGAGAGAGAGAAGGUAUAUAUAUAUAUAUAUAUGUAUGUAUGCGUGUGUGUGUAUGUAAAGUACAAUACUUCUCAUUUGAAUAUACUUUGUGUGCACACGGUAACUUUCUUCCGUGAAAUAUAGCUCUUUACUAA